AUUGUGACUCAUGUGCCAAGACUCUUGUGGCUCAUCUGGCUAUUCUGACCAUAAAUGUAAUAAGAUUCUACUGGAAGAUCAUCUAUCUUGUGUAACAAGUUUACCAAAUGAUCAAAGUGAUCCAACUUAUUUGCUUAUUAGACUAUUGCGCUAUAGUUACCAAUGGAGCAAUUCCAACACACCAUUACGUCACGGACUAAAGCAUUUCUCGUCCGAAUCAAGUGUAUGGCAUCACUUUCGGGGCGAUCUUGAUGGUUCAUUGAUUCUUGCCGCUGAAGCUACUACUACUACUACUACUACCACAUCAGUUUCAGGUGAAGAUCUGGAACUAACCUGCCUACGUAUCUUCCUGUCAGUGGUGCCUGACGACGCGGUGUGUGGUCGGAGUCUAUUCCGAUAUCUGAUCGCGAGCAUUUUUUUGGGCAUGCUAGACACGCCCCUGUGCCCGAGCUAGAUGUCUG